AUGGUAGUUAUAGGUAGGGAAGAGGAAUAUCUGAAGCUAGAACGAUACUUGGACAUAUUUCUUAGCACUGAAGCAGGCGGGAUUGUUUACAUAAGCGGGGUUCCUGGGGCCGGAAAGACCCAUACGGUACUUGAGUUAAUGGAGAGAAGGCAAGUUUCAUAUCUAUUCCUGAAUGCAACGGAAUUGAGGAUGAAAAGAGAAGUUUAUAAGUGGAUCCUUACGAAUUUACCUUGUAGUUCGGGCUCCAAGAGGAUGCACUUAAUGAAUUUGCAGCAGCAUUUUAUGGAAUGCACUUUACCGCAUGUGAUUGUGAUUGAUGAGGUGGAUAUUCUUGUAGGAAAGACCCAGGAAGUCCUGUAUAAUGUAUUUGAUAUGCCGUAUCUAAAGAAUAGUAAGGUACUCCUGUUUGUGAUUUCCAAUACCAUAAACCUUCCCGAAAGGCUGUUUGAACCCAAGGUUUGCAGUAGAAUAGGAGGAAGGAGAGUCAACUUCAUGCCGUACACAUCAAUGCAACUGUGUUCCAUGGCUGAAGGACACAGAAUGAAAAGAAAGUGUAUUGAGCUUAUUUCAAAAAGAAUUGGAGCAAUCAGUGGAGAUGUCCGGAAGGUGAAGGAUGUGAUUGAUAGGGUUAGGGAAAGUGAGAAAGGGGAGGAUGCUGAGGUGUUGGAUGUAGACGGUAUUAUGAGAAAGAUGUAUGCACCGGUGUACACAUAUUGUUUGCAAGGACUAUCUUUCUAUCAGAAGGCUAUCCUGUUUUUGUUUAACGAAAGUGAACGAGAGCGAAUGAAGGUUAAUGAACUCUACGAAGAGUUUAUUUCUUUCUGCAAAAGAUCCGAUGUGAAGGAGGUUGGGUUUUUUGAAUACUUGGAUCUUAUUGAAGCAUUGGUAGGAUAUGGGAUUCUCGGAUGUAGAAACUCUGGAAAAGAAGUUUUAGCGAUGGUUCUAAAAGAGGAGGUUGAGAGGAGUCUUGAAUGUGACAAUGAGUACCUAGAGAUGUUUAGAAGGAGUGGCAACCGGAGAUGGCCUAAGGAGACCUCUGGUUAA